AUGAAGGUUCUUGAGACUCUCACCUGUGCGGCAGCGCUCAUCCCGUUGGCUGCUGCAGACUGGCAAUUCAAGUCGCGUACAGACCUGGCGCCACCGCGUCUGAAUAUCACCAUUCCGGCGUCCAACGACGUUGAGAAAGGCUAUCUUUUUGUCGCGCCGUUCCCCGGUCAAUGGGCAGACCCGCAGUGGCAUGGUCCACGCCAGGAAGCGCCGUACAUCCUCCGCGAUGAUGGCGAGCUUGUCUGGUCGGGGUAUACCUACUACUCCAUCUGGACCGCCAAUUUCCAAAAGGCACGAUGGAGAGGUCAGGAUGUGCUGUUCAGUUUUGAAGGCGAUCACAACCCGGCCUAUGGUCAUGGCCACGGUCAUGCGACAAUCCUCAACCAGCGGUAUGAGACCAUCCGAGAGCUGCGCGCGGGCAACCACAAACUCAUGGAUAAACAUGAAUUCCAUGUCAUCAAUGAGAAGACCGCGUUACUGCAGGUGUAUCAGCCCGUUCCAAAGGACCUCAGCCCGUGGGGUGCCAGUCCAGAGCAGCAGUGGAUUGUCGACGCCAUCUUCCAGGAGCUGGAUAUCGAGACCGGGGAGCUGCUCUUUGAGUGGUCGAGUCUAGAGCAUGUCACUCCAGACGAGGCCAUUCUUCCCCUCAACCCUGGUCAAGCAGGCGCAGGCUACAACUCGUCGGACGCAUGGGACUAUUUCCACAUCAACUCGGUGGAUAAGGAUGCUGAGGGCAACUACCUGAUCUCUGCGCGGGACGCCUGUGCGGUGCACAAGAUCAACGGCACCACCGGGGAUAUCAUCUGGCGGCUGGGGGGUACCCGGUCAGACUUUGAGCUCGGCCCGAAUGUCGAGUUCUGUUUCCAACAUCAUGCCCGUUUUAUCCAGCAGAGCGAUCACGAGGAAAUUAUUUCGUUGUUCGAUAAUUCCGCCCAUGGAACGGAGAACCAUCGUGGCAAGGAAGUCCACACACACCCGUUUUCCCAGGGCAAAAUUAUUUCCGUGAACACGGCGACCUGGACGGCGCGGGUGGUUCAGGCAUUCCAACCACCCGAUGGACUCUUGGCAAAAUCCCAGGGCAGCACGCAGAUCCUCGCCAACGGCAACGCCCUGGUCAACUGGGGCUCCGAGGGGGCCGUUACCGAAUUCCGAGCGGAUGGCACCCCAAUCUUUCACGCGUACAUGGACUCAGGAUCAUUGGGCGAGGGCGUCCAGAAUUACCGUGCAUUCCGAUACAACUGGACAGGUUUCCCCAUGGAGGAGCCUGCCAUUGUCGCGCACAAGACGUCGUCGGGCACAGCGGUGUAUGUGUCGUGGAAUGGCGACACCGAGACAGCCGUGUGGCGGUUCUAUGGGGCGACUGACCGCUAUGGAUCCCGUGCGUACCUGGGAGAAGCUCCACGCGACGGAUUUGAGACCUCGUUUGUGGUGACGAGCCACUCAUACCAGGUAGUGGUGGCCAACGCCGUUUCUGCUCGUGGUCGAGUUCUUACCACGACACGAGUCGCUCAUCUUCAGGAGGAAGUGGUGACCCCAGGAACUGGAUCAGCGAUGGAACCAGACCUGCAUCUCGGACAGGAAGCCUUCCAUGCGUAA